GAUAUAGUGAAUGCAGGGUCCGGGGAGACCAGAUAUAGUGAAUGCAGGGUCCGGGGAGACCAGAUAUAGUGAAUGCAGGGUCCAGGGAGACCGAAUAUAGGGAAUGCAGGGUCCGGGGAGACCGGAUAUAGUGAAUGCAGGUUCCGGGGAGACCAGAUAUAGUGAAUGCAGAGUUCCGGGAAGACCAGAUAUAGUGAAUGCAGGGUCCAGGGAGACCAGAUAUAGUGAAUGCAGGGUCCGGGGAGACCAGAUAUAGUGAAUGCAGGGUCCGGGGAGACCAGAUAUAGUGAAUGCAGGG